CCAUCAGUCAUGGAGGAAUAUAGCAUAUCCCCAAGACUCAAAAAACCAAUAAAUCCUUCUCCUCCAACCUCACAACUUCCCACUUCCUUUUCCUUUUGCUCUUCCUCUUCCUCUUCCCAAGAUGAUCCAACUGCCAAGGAGGAGCAUUUACCUCCCAAUCACACUCCUAGCCUUCCAUGCUCUUCUCUUCUUCUCUCCCAAAGCCCACGCCAAGUGUAAACAUGGCUGCCACCAUGCCUUGGCCUCAUACUAUGUGUUGCAAGGCUCAAACCUCACUUACAUUAGCCGAAUCUUUGGCCAACCAAUACAAGAAAUUCUCAAAUACAAUCCCAACAUCUCCAACCCAAAUAUCAUCAACACUGGCACAAGACUCAACGUGCCCUUCUCAUGUGAUUGUCUGAACGGUGACUUCUUGGGGCACACAUUUUCUUACAUAACUCAAUUUGGUGACACUUAUGAUAAGGUUGCUCAGAAAGUUUUUGCCAACCUUACCACCGAGGACUGGGUACACAGGGUGAACACUUAUGCACCCACUCAGAUACCGGACUAUGUCCCAAUCAAUGUCACGGUUAACUGCUCGUGUGGCGAUCGAAAGGUGUCGAAGGAUUACGGGUUGUUCAUGACAUACCCACUCCGGCCAGGUGAGAAUUUGUCGACGGUGGCGGCCGAGUCCGGUUUGCCGGCCAUGUUGCUAGAGAUGUACAACCCGGGGUCCAAUUUUAGUGCUGGGACUGGGCUGGUGUAUUUGCCGGCAAAAGAUCAAAACGGAAAAUAUCCAUCGCUAAAAGCAGGUAUUUCAGGUGGAGUCAUUGCUGGCAUAUCAGUUGCAGCAGUUGCUGGGGCUUCAAUUCUUGCAUUUUGUCUAUAUGCUGUAGUUUGUAGAAGGAAGAAGGUUGCGGAGGAAUCAGUUCUUCCUGCAUCGUCCGAAGACCAGCAUGUUCAACACAGGCAUGGUUCUGGAAGUACCCCCGAGAAAAAUUCAGAAGCAGCUGCUCUUGUUGGUGGUGCUUCUCCAGGGCUUACAGGUAUUACUGUGGACAAAUCAGUUGAGUUCUCAUAUGAAGAGCUUGCAAAGGCCACUAAUGACUUCAGCUUGGAUAAUAAGAUUGGGCAAGGUGGCUUUGGAUCCGUUUACUAUGCGGAACUAAGAGGAGAGAAAGCUGCAAUUAAGAAGAUGGAUACUCAAGCAUCAAAAGAAUUUCUUGCUGAGCUGAAGGUUUUAACACAUGUUCAUCACUUGAACCUGGUUCGCUUAAUAGGAUAUUGUGUUGAAGGCUCCUUAUUCCUAGUUUAUGAGUACAUCGAGAAUGGCAACUUAAGUCAACAUUUGCAUGGCUCGGAGAGGGAUAUAGAACCAUUGCCAUGGUCAACUAGAGUCCAAAUUGCACUGGAUUCAGCUAGAGGACUUGAAUAUAUCCAUGAGCAUACUGUUCCAGUCUAUAUCCACCGUGAUAUCAAAUCAGCAAAUAUAUUAAUAGACAAGAACUUCCGUGGAAAGGUUGCAGAUUUUGGGCUAGCAAAACUGUCUGAAUAUGGAAGUUCUUCAUUGCACACGCGUCUUGCGGGUACAUUUGGAUACAUGCCUCCAGAAUAUGCUCAAUAUGGUGAUGUUUCCCCCAAGGUAGAUGUAUAUGCUUUUGGAGUUGUCCUCUAUGAGCUAAUAUCUGCCAAAGAUGCCAUUGUCAAGACAAAUGAAUUCGUUUCCGAAUCAAUGGGACUUGUUGCCUUGUUUGAAGAUGUUCUUAGCCAGCCUGAUCCAAAAGAAGAUCUUCUUAAACUUGUAGACCCCAGGCUUGGAAAUAAUUGCCCGCUUGAAUCAGUCAGCAAGAUGGCUCACCUUGCCAAAGCUUGCACACAAGAAAAUCCUCAGCUAAGGCCAAGCAUGAGGUCUAUUGUGGUUGCACUAAUGACACUUUCAUCUUCAACUGAGGAUUGGGAUGUUGGUUCUUUCUAUGAAAAUCAAAUUCUAGUCCAUCUAAUGUCAGGAAGGUAGCUCAUGAGGCCUCAUGCAGCCAUGCUCAUCAGUAACUCAUGAAGCCAAAGCACCAUGGGAGAUUUGAGAGAAGCUGGCCGGGGAGGGUUGUAUAGAAAAGCAUAUGUUUUUUGGUAGGUCAUGUUAAAUUGUUCCAUUUUCUGCAGAUUUUUCUGUGCUACCAUUCAUCAUGAGCGUUUUACCUGGUGUGUAUAUAUAUAUAUUAACUUCAUGUUGUUAGGAAAAAUAUAUAUUAAUUCCAUGUUGAGGCAUAAGGAUUUUCCGGGUACUC